GUGGACCACUUGUUUACUUCUUUUCUUGUUGUUUCCUAGAAAGAAUGCCCUAUUCUUCCUUUUCUCCCUCCAUCUCUGUUACAUAGAUUAACGAAACAUUGCCUAUAAAUCCACUACUCAUCUCCUCUACAAACAGUCAUUCCCUAUUCUUCAUUUUCUCACUUCAUCUCUGUUCCCUACUCAGACAUAUACACAAAUACAAUUCAUAUCUAGAAAUCAUGGGUGGUGGAGGAGACGUCACUGUGACUCUGACCAAGAAAGAAGUAGUGGAAGCAAUGCUACCGAUGCAGGAGCAUUGCCUGCUUAUUCUUUCCAAGAGUGGGAAGCCACAUGUUUCACGUUGUGAUAAUGUUGACUCUAGUGGACCACUCGUUUACUUCUUUUCUUGUUGUUUCCUAGAAAGAAUGCCCUAUUCUUCCUUUUCUCCCUCCAUCUCUGUUACAUAGAUUAACGAAACAUUGCCUAUAAAUCCACUACUCAUCUCCUCUACAAACAGCCAUUCCCUAUUCUUCCUUUUCUCCCUCCAUCUCUGUUUCCUACUCACAUAUACACAAAUACAAUUCAUAUCUAGAAAUCAUGGGUGGUGGAGGAGACUUCACUGUGACUCUGACCAAGAAAGAAGUAGUGGAAGCAAUGCUACCGAUGCAGGAGCAUUGCCUGCUUAUUCUUUCCAAGAGUGGGAAGCCACAUGUUUCACGUUGUGAUAAUGUUGACUCUAGUGGACCACUCGUUUACUUCUUUUCUUGUUGUUUCCUAGAAAGAAUGCCCUAUUCUUCCUUUUCUCCCUCCAUCUCUGUUUCACAGAUUAACGAAACAUUGCCUAUAAAUCCACUACUCAUCUCCUCUACAAACAGUCAUUCACUAUUCUUCCUUUUCUCCCUCCAUCUCUGUUUCCUACUCACACAUAUACACAAAUACAAUUCAUAUCUAGAAAUCACGGGUGGUGGAGGAGACUUCACUGUGACUCUGACCAAGAAAGAAGUAGUGGAAGCAAUGCUACCGAUGCAGGAGCAUUGGCUGCCACUGUCCAACCUCGACUUGCUUUUGCCUCCAGUAGAUGUGAGUGUGUUUUUCUGUUAUAAGAAUCCACAUGAUCAGAGUGUUAAUGGACGUCAUGGCUUCAGUUUUGGGUCCAUGGUUGGGGCUCUGAAAAUAGCCAUGUCCCAAGCACUGGUGUCCUAUUACGCAUUUUCUGGGGAAGUUGUGAGUAACUCAGCGGGUGAGCCUGAGCUUCUAUGCAACAACCGUGGGGUAGAUUUCAUGGAGGCUCAUGCGGAUGUACGACUGGAAAACCUCAACUUGUAUAACCCUGAUGUCAGCAUUGAAGGCAAGCUUGUCCCUAAGAAGGAGAAUGGCGUCCUCUCAGUACAGGUGACGGAGCUCAAAUGUAGUGGGGUUGUGGUGGCCUGUACAUUUGAUCAUCGGAUAGCAGAUGCAUAUUCUGCCAAUAUGUUCCUAGUUUCGUGGGCUGAGAUGGCUCAGUCCAAGCCACUAUCUGUAACACCAGCCUUCCGGCGCUCUCUCCUCAACACUCGACGUCCAGGCUCCUACGAUCCAUCCUUUGACAACAUGUACGUCCCCAUCUCAGCCUUACCUCCUUCCAAAGCUCCACAGCCCAGUGCUGAUCCUCUUAUGAGCAGGCUUUACUAUGUCACGGCCGAACAGCUCAGUCUACUCCAAAUGCUAGCCACCAGCAAGAGUAGCUCCUGCAAGAGGACUAAACUAGAGUCUCUCAGUGCUUUCUUGUGGAAGAUGGUUGCCAAAAGUGCAGACUUGGACGAUGAUAACAAAAAGAUAUGCAAGAUGGGGAUCGUGGUAGAUGGAAGAAGGCGAUUAAGCAGUGGGGAUGAGGAUAAAGCUGCUGCGAUGGCCAAUUACUUUGGUAAUGUGCUGUCCGUUCCCUUUGGCGAGAAGAUAAUAGAUGAGCUGAAAGAGAAACCAUUGAGUUGGGUGGGAGAUGCCGUUCAUGAGUAUCUGGAAGGGGCAGUGACGAGGGAGCAUUUCUUGGGGCUCAUAGACUGGGUGGAGGCUCACCGUCCAGAGCCAGCUGUAGCAAAGAUAUAUUGCAGUGGAAGCAAUGAUGGACCGGCAUUCGUGGUGUCAUCAGGACAGAGAUUCCCAGUAUCAAAGGUGAAUUUCGGGUGGGGAAGGCCGGCUCUGGGGUCAUACCAUUUUCCAUGGGGUGGGGAAGCUGGGUAUGUGAUGCCGAUGCCAAGCCCGGUGAGAGAUGGUGACUGGGUGGUGUACGUACAUCUCUUGAAAGGCCAAAUAGAGUUGAUUGAGACGGAGGCUGCUCACGUCUUCAGGCCCUUAACACCGGAGUAUCUUAAAUUAGCUUAAUUCAUUAUGAUUAUUUAAGAAAGUUAAAGCUGGAUUAAGAAAACAAAGGGCACAAAGUGCACAUUUUCUUUGGACUGAAAAUAUACUAUUAUCAUUUGGAAAAAAGAAGGCGCUGUAUUUGCUAAGUUGUGGCUUCUUUAGAAACAUAUGUAACAUUACUUUUUGGUUAUACAACCUCAGCAUACUUUUCGGCUA